AAAAUGGAAAUUAAGAAAGAAAAAAAAAAUGAUGUGGUCAUGAAGUAGAUAAGGUUCCCUCGAAAAUUCUCUUUCCACCUUGCAGUUCCCUCCUCAGUCCUCACCAUACCAUCCAAGCUUGAAAUUCAAAAGAUCACACACAAAUUGCAUGACUUUGGUAACCAUAUAAAAACAAAAUAAAAUAUCCCCGCCACUGUAGCAACAGAACCAGUGGAGUGGUGGUCAUGGCAUUUCAAACAACUCACUCUCGUCUAUCAUCCCCAACCACCGCAACCAACUUCUUCUUCUCCGCCUCCUCCCCCUCCCCCAAUCUCAGAUCACUGAAACCUACUUCGCUUCCAUCUCGAUUCUUCCAUUGCCGAUCGAAACGCCUCGUUUUCACGCCGAGACUUAUCACGAGAGCUUGCGCGGUGAAGGUCGAGGAGAAGGACGUUGCUGGAAAAUCAGGAGAAUGGGGGAGGGUUUCUGCUGUGUUGUUUGACAUGGAUGGUGUGCUCUGCAACAGUGAAGAGCCUUCUAGAAGAGCCGGUGUCGAUGUUUUCGCUGAGAUUGGCGUCCAGGUCACCGUCGAUGAUUUUGUGCCGUUCAUGGGAACUGGAGAAGCGAACUUUUUGGGAGGUGUAGCCUCUGUUAAGGGAGUUAAAGGAUUUGAUCCUGAAGCUGCAAAAAAGAGGUUCUUUGAAAUAUAUUUAGAGAAGUAUGCAAAACCAGAUUCUGGAAUAGGAUUUCCAGGUGCCCUUGAACUCAUCUCUCAGUGUAAAAGCAAAGGACUUAAAGUUGCUGUUGCAUCUAGUGCUGAUCGUAUCAAGGUUGAUGCAAAUCUAGCUGCUGCUGGUUUGCCAUUGUCAUUGUUUGAUGCGAUUGUGUCUGCAGAUGCUUUUGAGAAUUUGAAACCUGCUCCUGAUAUUUUCUUAGCUGCAUCAAGAAUAUUGAAUGUGCCUCCUAGUGAGUGUAUCGUUAUAGAAGACGCACUAGCUGGAGUUCAAGCUGCCAAAGCUGCACAAAUGAGAUGUAUAGCUGUAAGGACUACAUUAUCAGAUGAGGCUUUGGAACCUGCUGGUCCAACUUUUAUCCGAGAUGACAUAGGAAGUGUUUCUCUUGAUGAAAUUCUUAAUGGUGGCUCUGAUGGAUAUAAUAAGAGGAUGCAGGGCUCACAAAGUCUAAAUAAUUUUGCACAAACUUCAACUACUAUGCUUGCGGGAAAAACAGAUGAUGGAGUUGAAAAAUCUUCCAAUGGUACUGAUGAGGGAAUUUUCACAACUACAGGGUUGCAGGGUUCGCGGCGAGAUAUACUGAGAUUUGGAAGUCUGGGCAUCGCUAUCUCUUGCCUUGUCUUCACCGUAAGUAACUGGAAGGCAAUGCAAUACACUUCCCCUAAAGCGGUUUGGAAUCUCUUGUUUGGUGUUACCCAGCCACCCUUGGGACAGAAAGAAGGUAACUCACGAUCUGAUAGGAUCCAGCAAUUUGUGAACUACAUAGCUGAUCUAGAAAGCAGGGGAAACACUCAGGUUGUUCCAGAAUUUCCAUCUAAACUUGAUUGGCUAAAUACAGCCCCGCUCCAGUUUCGUAGGGACCUGAAAGGAAAAGUUGUUCUGCUUGAUUUCUGGACUUAUUGUUGUAUAAACUGUAUGCAUGUCUUACCAGACCUAGAUUUUCUGGAGAAAAAGUACAAAAAUAUGCCGUUCCUUGUUGUGGGUGUUCAUUCUGCCAAGUUUGAUAAUGAGAAAGAUUCUGAAGCGAUUCGCAAUGCAGUUCUGCGCUAUGAUAUCACUCACCCUGUUGUCAAUGAUGGAGACAUGUACCUUUGGCAGAAGUUGGGCAUAAGUUCAUGGCCAACAUUUGCUAUCAUUGGCCCCAAUGGUAAGCUCCUUGCACAACUUGCAGGAGAAGGUCGCAAAAAGGAUCUUGAUGAUUUUGUGGAAGCAGCACUUCUGUUUUAUGGAAAGCAGAACAUGUUGGACGAUACACCAAUUACAUUAAGUUUAGAGAAAGAUAAUGAUCCUCGCCUAUUAACAUCUCCAUUGAAGUUUCCUGGAAAGUUAGCAAUUGAUGUCCUCAACAACAGGCUUUUUAUUUCUGACAGCAACCAUAACCGCAUAGUUGUUACUGACCUAAAUGGGAAUUUUAUUGUACAAAUUGGGAGCAGUGGGGAGGAAGGUCUGCAGGACGGUUCCUUUGAUGAUGCCACCUUCAACCGCCCUCAGGGCCUUGCUUAUAAUGCAAAGAAAAAUAUUCUCUAUGUUGCAGACACCGAAAACCAUGCUUUGAGGGAAAUUGAUUUUGUUAAUGAUAAAGUGCGCACUCUUGCUGGAAAUGGGACCAAGGGCUCUGAUUAUAUUGGAGGAGGAAAAGGAGACACUCAGCUCCUCAAUUCCCCUUGGGAUGUCUGCUUUCAUCCACUUGAAGAGAAGAUUUAUAUUGCCAUGGCUGGCCAACACCAGAUUUGGGAGCACAAUAUAUUGAAUGGAAUUACAAGAGCAUUUAGUGGUGAUGGCUAUGAAAGAAAUUUAAAUGGAUCAAGUUCUACAAGCACAUCAUUUGCACAACCUUCUGGUCUUUCAUUGUCUCGAGAUCUAACGGAGAUCUACGUCGCUGAUAGUGAGAGUAGUUCAAUUCGAGCUGUUGAUCUAAAAACAGGAGGAUCACGGUUGUUAGCUGGUGGUGACCCUGUCUUCUCAGACAAUUUGUUUAAGUUUGGCGAUCAAGAUGGAAUAGGCUCUGAAGUACUUCUUCAACAUCCGCUGGGGGUUUUAUGUGGAAAGGAUGGUGAAAUUUACAUCACAGAUAGCUACAAUCACAAGAUCAAGAAGUUUGAUCCAACUAGUAAAAGAGUUAGCACCAUUGCAGGGACAGGAAAAGCUGGUUUCAGGGAUGGAACAGCUGUAACAGCUCAGCUUUCUGAACCAUCAGGCAUUAUUGAAGGGAACAGCGGGAGACUAUUCAUAGCUGAUACAAACAACAGCAUAAUUCGAUAUCUAGAUUUGAAUACUGAUGAAUUUGAACUCCAUACCUUGGAGCUUAAAGGAUUUCAGCCUCCUAAACCAAAAUCAAGAUCUUUUAAACGUCUCAGGAGACGUCCCUCAGCCGACACUGUGCCAAUCACCAUUGAUGCCAUUUCAUCAGAGGAGGGAAACUUGUCUAUAGACAUAUCAUUGCCAAAUGAGUAUCAUUUCUCAAAGGAAGCACGCAGUAGAUUCAGUGUUGAUAUUGAAUCUGAAGGCUCUGUUGAUAUUGAUCCCCUGGAUGGACUCCUUAGUCCAGAAGGAUCUGCAACCCUUCACUUUAAGAGAUCCUCCACCUCUGCUGCUGUUGGAAGAAUUAAUUGCAAGAUUUACUAUUGCAAGGAAGAUGCGGUUUGUUUGUACCAAUCCUUGCUGUUUGAGGUCCCCUUCAGAGAGGGAGUUUCUGACUCUACUAGAGCAAACGUCACUCUUGCUCAUCUUGUCAAGCCCAAAACUUCAGCCAGCAGCUUACUGCAACCAGUUUCCCCGUGACACCUUAAACCUGCAGUGAAUCAACUAAGAAAGGAAAUUGAUGGAGAGAAAAUCCUUAUGCAUCAACAGUUGGUAGUUUGAUGUACGUUCACAUUAUGUACAAGAUCCAAUAUAGCUCAUGUGGGGUGAAUACAGUUAGGCAUUUUCUUUCAAAUCCAGGUAAAGAGCAUUACAAUUUAGUGUAACGUAUGAGGUAUAUUCAAGGAACCUGCUUAGUGAUAAAAAAAAGCUUGUAUGGAUUCAAAAUAUAGAUGCAAACAUUGCAGGAGAUAUUGACUCUCACAAGUCAAUUUUGGGUUUCUUGAUUAGAUUUGAAGGGAAGCUGUGAGAUGGUAGUCAAUAUUGCAAUAUGUUGCUCUAUAUACUGUAGAAUGCAAGCAAAGCUUAAUAUGGAAACUAAAGCUUGCAACGAGUUAAUGUGGAUGAAGAAAUUUUCAUCCAGAGCUUUUUUAUCAUUUCAUUUAGACACGUUAUAUAUUGUAUCAUAACAGCCAAAGUGUAUUCAACUAGGUGAAAAUCUACCUUUCAUGCGA